GACACCGUGUGGGAGAUCUCAGCCAAGGAUGGUGGUAGCGGCUACGACCUCUUCCUGCGGCCGCCAUUCCCUCCAGUGGAAAUCGUCCGCCUCCGACAGCAGCGACGCGAGGGCUCGGAAGCUAUGUACAACGAGCGGGGGGAACGUAUCUACGGUGAGGAGUCGUGGUUCACAUUCGACAACCGAAGGCUCUACUGCCUUCAGCGAGCAGCCCUUGAGCACUGGCCGAGAACGACGGCUGUGGUGGCCAAGGUCCUUUUCGACAUGCCCGAUGUCCGCAGCGCGCGGCAUAAGUUCCGCAGCACCAGCGAUGGUCGCUGCAUCAAAGUCUC